GCUUCCGCUAAUGCCAUGUUUAACCAUGAAAAUAUCGUCAAAUUAAUUGGUGUGUCAUUCACAAGUGAUCCUUACUAUUUGAUUUUGGAAUACAUGCAGAAUGGAAAUUUACACGAUUACUUAGCUAAUAAUGCUGCGCCUAUACAAGCAGAACAUCGUGUUGCAAUAGGAAAGAGCGUUGAAUAUCUUGAGCACAGUGAUCUCAUUAGGUUCCUAGUCCAAGCAGCAUCGGCUUUAAACUACUUAUCCAAUCUGAGAGUCAUACAUCGCGAUAUUGCAGCCAGAAAUUGUUUACUGGGUGAAAAUAAGCAUCUUAAAAUAUCCGAUUUUGGAUUAUGUAAAGAUAUAUAUGCUGAUCAACAUUACAAGAUGCAGAAAAUGAAAAAUGUUCCCUUACGAUGGUCACCACCCGAAGUUUUACUAAGAUCACUGUAUACUGAAGAAAGUGAUGUCUAUUCCUUUGGUGUACUAAUGUGGGAAGUUUUCUCAUUUGCGAUAUCACCAUUUUAUCAGUAUACCUUUGAUGAAGUAACUGCCAUCAUUAAAAGUGGUCAGACAAAAGAAGCCCUGAGUAGACCGGCUACUUGCAUUAGUAACGAAAUUUGGAAACUUAUGACUGAAUGUUGGGAAUUUUAUCCUAAGGACAGGCCAUCA